UCCUUCCGCAUCCAAUUCACAAGACUCCAUUCAACGAGGUGAUGUUAUUGAAUUUUAUGGACCGGCCAGUGGUGGGAAAACUACUAUUUUAUAUCAUAUAGCUCUUACCACUAUCCUUCCACCAAGUUGGAACCGAACUUAUGAAAAUUUGGAUUUAUAUGAUAUUACCGACGUUAAUGCAACAAUCGAAUUGAAUGGACGUGGAAAAGGAGUUAUUUUCUUUGAUUUGGAUGGAAAGUUCGACAUUCAACGUUUAUAUUCAAUGAUGAUAUAUUAUUUACAUAGACGAGUGAAAACAACAUUGAAAGAAGAUAUAAAUCUGAUUCCAUCUGAAAGUGAGAUUGAAUCAAUCGCGAAAAAUGCGCUAAAAAGAAUUCAUGUUUUCAAACCAAAUUUACCCGAGAGUUUUUAUGCGACUUUACUUGAUUUGCCAAAAUAUAUGAAGGAAUUACAACAGAGCGAAAGUUACGAGUUCUCCUUCUUGAUGAUUGAUCAAAUUAACACGUUUUAUUGGGAAGAUAAAGAUUACGAUGAGGUUGGUAUAAUCGCAAAUGACACAUGGAAAAAUAAUAAUGUUCAUUAUUAUGUUCAAGCAUUGAAGCAGAUAAUAGAGUUAACGGGAGUAACCGUUAUAACUACAAAUUGGGCAAUUACACCACCAGAGGCUGUUGAUCGAAUUCCACUCAAUUUAUGCUAUCCGGUUGUCGCACAU